AAGUUACACCCCCGUCUUGCAGUCUGCAGACGUACACGCUUGGGGUAAACUCUCUUAAAACUUUCUUUUACUGUCUAUGGGUAAACUCCGUCUUCGUGUAAAAGAUCAGAUCGGGGUAAACUCCAUCUCCGUGUGGACGGGGCCUAGUAAAUGCCAAUCUUUAGUCAGGCAGAGCUGUGAAAAUGGCGUGUGUUGUGAGAUACAGUUUUCUAUUGAUCAGUAUCUGUUUAAGAAGCACCACAUGGGCAGAUGCAAAUGUUCAAGUUACACCUUUAAUCGGAGCUGUUGGUAAUGAGAUCAUCAUCCAGUGUGCUACUGAUAAAACCCCUCAAGAUGGAGUGGCCAUGUACAAACAAGAUUUAGGAAGUAAAAAUAAGCAGAACAUCUUCUACUAUUACAAAGACAACAGUUUUACUCUUAAAUCAUCAAUGCACAAAGGCAGAGUCCAUGUAGAUGGAGAUAUUCUCAACCUUAAUGUCACCUUCUCAAAUGUAAAUACCAUAGACAUCGGGCUUUACUGGUGUGAAUUUAAUUUGGAAGAGAAACUUACAGUUAGCAUGCUCACAUGGUUAUGGAUAGAUGCAGAGAUUGAGAGUUGUCCAGAAGAUCUUCAUGUGAAGAACGCUCUCAUUGUGUGUGCUGUCAUGUUGCUACUGUGCAUCAUUGGUUAUAUCUUUGUGAUUCAGAAGGUAGGGCUGAUAAAGAUCUGGAGAAUGAUGACAGCAUGCAGCUUCAGGAGAUGAUUUUCUGAUUCCUGAUUCCUGAUUCUUUUUACAUUUACAAUAUAAUGUGGGUUUAGAGAUCAUGUACACUAAUAACUGUCAAAUGUAUUACUUCGUCAAUGUAAACAGAGUUGUAUUAAAGGUCCCGUUUUACACGUUUUUUUUUUUAAGCUUUGAUUGUGUUUACAGUGUGCAAUAUAACAAGUGUUCAUGUUUCGCGUGUAAAAAAACAGUAUUUUUCACACAAUUCACCUAUCUGUAUACCGCUGUUUUCACUGUCAUAAAAACGGGCUGAUGACUUCCUUGUUCUCUAAAGUCCCUCCUUCAGAAAUACGUAACGAGUUCUGAUUGGGCCAGCGGUUCCUGUGUUGUGAUUUGACAGCAGCUGAGGUUGCCCUCCUGGUAACGUGAUUGUUGGCUAGUUUUGAGAAGCAAGUGGGCAGGGGCAUGUGCUGGAGAUGUACUUAUAAUCACAGGAGCGUUUUUACUGACGAGAUGCGCAUAAAAAUCGCAUUCGUUUUUUUGCACAGCCCUAACAUCUAGUUAGCAAAGCUAAACAGCAUUGCCCGUUGUGUAAUAAGUUACAGAAACUGUUAAACGCACCAACUUAAAUAAUAAAAUACACUUACCAGUUGUGGUCCAUAAACAACGCCUUCUCCAGACAAAGAGGGAACUGCUCCAUCUUUCAAGAAUAAUAUUUGUGCGAAUCCGGCAUUAAACUGAUUGAGACUGAGGAAGCUCGCUGUCCUCAGCAAAAUCUGCUGCACAGUUUUACAUGUAGAUUACAAUUUUUAAGGAACCGAGUUAAACAUAAAUUGUAACCAUUAAACUCCAAGUACAGCAUCCCUGGGAAGCCCAAACAAAGAUGAUUGGAUUCGAGAUGAAAAUAACAGCAUUUCAAUGGCGACAAACACAAAUGCAGCUCUUCCUCUUCUCCGUCGGAGCGCAACAAGACCACGCCCCCCUGUUUGUGUAUUCCUGUGGGCGGAGGUUAGUCAAAUAAACUGUUUUAGUGACGUUAUUACUGCAGGAACUAGAGGGGUGUAGUCCAAACGGGUCGUUUUUUGUAGGCGAAUUCUGCUUGGCAUUGACCUUUGAGCUUUAGAAUUUUACAGAUAUUAUUUAUACUCUAACAACAACAUUACACACUAACUAAAGUUUAAAACAUGGGAUCAAGAAGAAGGGGACCUUUAAGUUUGAUUUAUAGAUUUGAUUGAAUUAGUUUUACUGAAUUGAUUGAGUUUUACUGAAUUUGGUUUUUAUUGAGUUUGCUGAAAAUUAUAGGAAAGAUUUAGCAAAGUUUUUUUUUUUGUUUUUUUUUUGUUAAAUAUGUGAAUGAAUUUAUAACAGUAACCAGCUUAUACAAACAAUAACAAGCAAUGUUACAAUGGUUUCAUUUUUGUUCUGCUUUCUUAAACCUGGUUAGAACUCAUUAUUCAAGGUUAUUUUAAAUUAACAAAUUUAACAAAAUGACAGCUGUAAUUUUCAGCAAUAGGAAUUAUAUCCAUCUAGUUUUGCAAAAACUGUUAUGUAUCCAUCUAUGAAGUGGAUGUCACUUUUGGCUUUACUCACUGAGGGUUGUUUUGGUAAUAAUUUUCUGUAAAUCAUCUUAGUAAUAAUAUUAUUGCAUAUUAAGCAUUUGUUAAGCAUUAUACACAUAUUUUAAUUAAAUUUACCUUCUCAGCUUUAUACAUCAAACAUUCAUGAUGUCAAUGCAAAAAAAAAAAAAAAAAAAAAUCUUAUAAAAAUGUGUGUAAUUGUGUAUGUAGCCUACUGCUGCCAUUAUAUCACUUUUCACUUACACUUCACAUAAAUGAUAAUUUAACUUUCAUUUUCAGAUUCUGUUCAUUUAAAAGUGAAGUGAAAGAUGCAUGAUUUGU